ACCUGACAAUGCCUUUCACCAAAAUUAACCCCUAACUUUCCAUUUACGGAAAACCCUCUUCUUCUUCUUCUCUAAUUCAUUAUUUAUUUCACCUAAUAAUGUAUGUCUAUUUCUCCCACAAACAACAACAACAACAACAAGAAAGAAGAAGAAGAAGAAGAAGAAAAAGCAAAAAUAUGGCUCGUGGGAAGAUCCAGAUCAAGAGAAUAGAAAACCCUACAAACAGGCAAGUGACUUACUCUAAGAGACGCAACGGGCUCUUCAAGAAAGCCAACGAACUGACGGUUCUCUGCGAUGCUAAAGUCUCCAUUAUCAUGUUUUCCAGCACAGGAAAACUCCAUGAGUAUAUCAGCCCUGCCACUUCGACUAAGGAGCUUUUCGAUCAGUACCAGAAGACUUUAGGCGUCGAUUUAUGGAUCUCUCACUAUGAGAGAAUGCAAGACAAUCUCAAGAAGCUCAAAGAUAUCAAUCGAAAUCUCCGAAGGCAGAUUAGGCAGAGGAUGGGGGAAUGUAUGAAUGAUCUGAGUUUUGAAGAACUCCGAUGUCUUGAGCAAGAUAUGGAUAAUGCUGUCAGGAUCAUCCGUGAACGCAAGUACCGGGUGAUCUCAAACCAGAUUGAAACACACAAGAAGAAGUUAAAGAGCGUAGGAGAAAUACACAAGAGUCUUCUACAAGAGUUCGACAUUGCAACUGAAGAAGAUCCACAUUAUGGGCUGGUAGACAAUGGAGGAGUAGGUGUAGGAAUUGGAGGAGGAGAUUAUGAGUCAAUUAUGGGGUUCUCAGGUGCUGCCCAUCCUCGCAUUUUUGCAUUGCGUCUCCAGCCCAACCACAACCACAACAACCUUCUUAAUAAUAUUCACCUUCAUAACCCUCCUCCUUCAGAUCUCACUACCUAUCCAUUCCUUGAGUAGUCUAUUAUAUCAUUAAUUACAAUUCCUCUUUAAAACCCUAACUCAUGAUGUCUCACAACUAUAUAUUUUUAAUUUUGUUUAAUUUUCCCUUUUUUUGGUUCAUUCAGUUGUUAAAUUGAAUGAUAACACUUCCAAAGAGAUUAUAUAUGUAUGGUUUGUUUUCUAGAUCA